GCGAGAAGAGCCAAGAACACCACAAAGGCAAUGCCUUCGGAGGCUUCCAGCUUCAGCGACUGAGGGCUGGAGGGGAAAACCGUGCGCGACGCGGCAUUCCGCGCCAGCAGCCCCAUGCCGACAGCGCUGAGGGCGCCGGAGAACAGGUCGAAGAAGAGGCACUUUUCCGGCUGGAUGAGGAGCUCCGGGCGGACGUACGCAACGCGAAGCUCAAUCGUGUUCCAGAUCAGAGCCGCGAAUGCCUGGCAUAGUCAUGUAAGUCAGCCGACGAACCACGACCGAGGUUUAGGAGGGCGUCGGAGCAGACAUACCAUGGACAAGGCGAUGACCCAGUCAUUGGUGCGCGCCGUGACCUGUUUGUUGGACGCUUGGGCGAUUGAGGUGGCCAGCAGGCCGACACACGCGAGAAUCGACACGAACCGGAGGGACAGCUUGACGAGACGCCACGGCCGGUGCUGCGGCUCCACAGCGGCGGUGGGCGUGGCGGUGGUAGUUCUGGCAGGCAUGGUCGAGGAGUUGAUUGUUGACGUCACGGUUGAUCCAGCGCCCCGAGAGGAAGAAGAAUUAUGUGACGGCGAUUGAAGGAAUGGAAGGAAGAAAGAGUUAAAAUUCUCAGGUCGGUUUGCCGGGGACAGGGAGGGCGGCGGCAUGUAUUUGAGGAGGGAGUCAGACUUGACACUCGAUCGGCGUGCUCGACCUCGACCUCGCCUCCACUCGCCUCCCCGGUCGUCCACUCCACGCCCCGAACACACAUCUGACCCCGACCGGGUGCGGCAACCUCUUGCAGCUCAGCAGGGUCCCUAUCACAGAACCACACGUCGUUUCCUGCGGCGCUAUAAUCCAACGCGGCGGGCAGUUGGUGGCAGUGAAAUCCCACGGAUGGUGCUCGAUACCUAACUCGGCGUAGUGCCGCG